UGCGCAGCUACUUAUAAAUACCACGAGCAAGUCAAGCCAGUUAGUUAGAGCUCAGCAUUCCGUCAGAGAACACAGGUCGCAAUGCAUUUUUUUGGACUACUCGUGCCGAUCGUUUGCGGUCUUUUGUUCGUCGCUGCCGAUCCCCAACAGACAUACGACGGUCGUAAUGGGCCUCAUGUUUUCGGAACACCUGGCAACCAGGUCUAUAUUCGAGGCCAAAACGAUGGAGUUUACAAUGUGCCAGGAGUAGGUGGACAGUUCCAGCACACAUCGUCGCCAGGACAACAUGUCUAUACGGAUGAACAGGGAAACACCUAUGUGCACCAAAGAAAGGCGGGAGGACCAGCAACUCAUACUAUUAGGGGACCAGGUCUUGCUGUCGGUCAGCCAGUCUAUCCCGUUGGCCAGGAUUCACGGUAUGGACCUGUGGCUCGAGCCCCUCGCGUAUCUCGUAGCCCUCAGUUCCAUGUGGAGCGUCCUGGUCGCACCGUGGAUGUGGGUGCCGGAGGAUUUGUGGUUCAAAGAAGUGCCCGAAGUCCUCAGUUCCAUGUGGAGCGUCCUGGUCGCACUGUAGAUGUGGGUGCCGGAGGAUUUGUGGUGCAAAGGAGCCGCCGUAGUCCCCAGUUUCACGUGGAGCGUCCUGGUCGCACUGUGGAUGUGGGUGCCGGAGGAUUUGUGGUUCAACGAAGUGCCCGCAGUCCCCAGUUUCAUGUGGAGCGACCUGGUCGAACGGUAGACGUUGGACCUGGAGGAUUUGUGGUUCAAAGGAGCAGCCGCAGCAUCAACGAUGCUCGCGUGCAAGGCGAGAAUUUUGUAGCUCGUGACGAUCAGGCCGGCAUUUGGGAUGAUAGUGUUUCGGUGUGGAAGCGUCCGGACGGACGAACAGUCUCCGUCGGCAGCGAUGGUAGCGUUACAAUUUCUGGUCAUGGAGCUACCCAGAAUUACUAAAGAUGGGAUGCCUCAAUAUUUUUCCAAGGAUUGAUUAGAGAUCUAAAGUACUAAUUAUUUAAUGUUUAGUUAAAUGUUCAGUUAAAUAAAAAAUAUACUAAUUAAAAUAUA